AUGAAUUGGAGUUUUCUUCUAUACAUCUCGAAAAGGUACGGUUUCAGGGCCCGUUGGAUACGUUGGAUGGAAGCGUGUGUUUGUCAUUGUUCCCUCUCUGUUCUGGUUAAUAGCAGUCGCAAGAAGGAUUUUCCAAUGGGAAAAGGCCUUAGGCAGGGUGAUCCCCUUUCACCCUUUCUCUUUACUCUAGUGGCAGAAGGCUUAGAAAAAUUGUUGUCGAAAGCGAUUACUUGUGGUCUGUAUAAAGGCUUCAGGUUAUCCAAUUCAGUGGAGUUCCAUAUGCUACAAUUUGCAGAUGAUACGAUUAUAAUCGGUGAAGGAUCAUGGAGCAAUUUAUGGAGCAUCAAGGCGGUUCUGAGAGGCUUCGAGUUGGUGUCGGGGUUGAACAUAAAUUUCUCGAAAAGCUGUUUGGUGGGCAUUAAUUUGAGACAACGGUUUAUGUAG